AUGUCCCGGCGUACCACCAGCAGCGCCCGGUCCAUAAUUGCCCCCGCCCAGUCCACAAUUGCCCCCGCCGGGGCCACUGGGACCUCCGCCACUGUGGCAGGAGAGGCGGCAGAUUGGAUGAUCCUACAGUUCGAUUCGCGGGCCAGAUCCAUACGAACCCUAAAUGACUUUAUGUGGGCACUGCGAAGACUAUUCGAGGAUCCCUUUCGGAGUGAGAAAGCUAAAACCGCCAUUCUUCAGUUGCGCCAAGAUAAACAGCUGAAGGUGGUCCUCAUUUUGAAUCUUCCUCUACUGUUCCAGGUUUGCACGGGCAACGAGUCUGUGACACCUGCAUACGAUGAUAAUGAAAACGACACCUCCACCGUGGAUUACAGUAAUUAUGAGCAGCCUUGCGUGAAAGAUGAGGUCCGGCAGUUCCGUGCCACUUUCCUUCCUGCUGUGUAUACCCUUGUGUGUGUCAUCGGGCUGGCCGGCAAUGUCCUGGUGAUGGUGACCUACAUCUACUUCAAGAGGCUGAAGACUAUGACCCAUACAUACCUGCUCAACCUUGCCUUGGCAGACAUCUUGUUCCUGUUGACUCUCCCUUUCUGGGCCACCAGUGCAGCCAAGUACUGGGUCUUUAAAGAGGUGGCCUGCAAGGCCAUCCAUUGUGUUGGCCGCAUGAGUUUCUUCAGUGGCAUGUUGCUUCUCCUGUCCAUCAGCAUAGAUAGGUAUUUUGCCAUUGUCCAGGCCCCCUCAGCCCACCGCCUGCGAUCCCAGAGGGUGUUGGCCAGCAAGGUCACUUGCGUCUUCAUUUGGGUAGUGGCUUUCAUCCUCUCUAUCCCCGAACUGAUUUACAGGGGCGUGUACAAGCCUGAUAGGCAGCUGCCCCGUUGCACCAUCAAAACAGACAACUUGCUGGCUUUCGACACCGGCAUCCGAGUGUCUCAGAUGGUCAUUGGCUUCUUGGUGCCUCUCCUGGUGAUGACCUUCUGCUAUUGCGUCAUCAUCAGGACCUUGCUGCAGGCCCGCAGCUUUGAGAAGAACCGAGCCAUUAAGGUCCUCAUCGCGGUUGUGAUCAUCUUCGUUGUCUUCCAGCUACCCUACAAUGGCGUCAUACUAGCCGAGACCAUCUCCGCCUUCAACACCACCAAUGGCGAAUGUGAAGCCAGCAAGAGGCUGGACGUGGCCAAUGAUGUGACCUAUAGCCUGGCCUGCUUUCGCUGCUGUCUUAACCCAUUCCUUUAUGCAUUCAUUGGCGUUAAAUUCCGCAAUGACCUCCUUCGUCUCCUCAAGGACCUGGGCUGUAUCAGCCAAGCACAGCUGUGGCGAUGGUCCACAUGCCGGGAAACCAAGCGAUUUUCCGUCGCUACAGAAACUGACACUACUACCACUUACUCCCCAUGA